AUGGUGGAGCAAAUAAAGAGGGAGAUCGCCAUAACAAAAGAUCUCAAGCACCCGAACGUCGUCGACCUUAUUGAGGUCAUGGCAUCCAAGGACAAGAUAUACAUGGUGAUGGAGCUGUUGACAGGUGGAGAGUUGUUUGACAAAAUCGCUGCAGAAGGUGCUAUGACAGAGCACAAAGCUCGAAAGGUGUUUCAACAGCUUGUGGAUGCCUUGGAAUACUGCCACCAGGAGGGGGUGUUUCACCGAGAUCUGAAGCCUGAAAACGUACUUCUGUCAAGUGACGGCAGCGUGAAGCUGUCCGAUUUUGGGCUGGGGGCUGCUACUGUGACCCAGUCAAUGUCCUCCGAUGGUUUUCUGAAGACAACUUGUGGAACACCAAACUACGUCGCCCCAGAGGUCCUCAAGAGACGAGGAUACCAUGGGGCACCAGCGGACAUCUGGUCUCUAGGUGUCGUCUUGUAUGUCACAGCAGCUGGGAAAUUGCCAUUUGAUGACAGGAGUCUUCCAAGAUUGUUCAACAAGAUCGCCAUGGCUGACUAUGAAAUGCCACCACACCUGACGCCUGAGUUGCAAGACUUGCUGAGGAAGCUCAUGUGUCCGGAUCCACAGAAGAGGAUUACUAUUCCUGAGAUUCACAAUCACAGUUGGUUUCAAAGAGAUUAUGUCCCUGCGAUGCCCCUGGAGCUGCCGUCACCAAGGGGUUCAGAUGCUGAGGACAUCUUCCUAGAGACAGUGGAGUUAAAACGUGUGGAAGUUGGCAGACAGAGCACAGAAGAACCGUACUCACCUCCUCUGCGCCGCAGCAGCAGCCAGAUCAAUGCCUUCCACCUGAUUGGCACUGCCCUUGAUUUGUCAACUCUGUUUGAGAGCCGCAAGGAGGUCAUUCAGAGUGUAUAG